GUACCCUCUCCGAGUUUCAUGAGCCGGGGCGUUCUCCUGAAGCAGUUAGAGUCAAACGGCUUGUCCAUGUGCUCCAGGUAUCCCGAAUACUUCACUAGGGCCGAGGCGAGAGACACGUGAAGAAAACGGACCCAACACACUCACCCCUCUCUCUCCAGUCUCUUCAGGCGCACACACAAACACCACAAGCGGGUGUUCUUCAGUGGCCCCCACCCUGAAGUCAGACAGGUGGGCCCGGGAGCGCCCCUGGUUCACCGUGGCAUCCCCAAAGGGGAGAUGGUUUCCUGCUUUCCCUUACAAUCCUCAAUGGCAACAGUGAGUUCCCCCCUAUAAAACGUUAAUUUGGGGGAAAGCAUGGCCUCCCUCCCCCCAAAGUGAAGCGUGGCGAGACCCUCGCCGCCCCGGGUCAUCGCCAGGCCCGGCCGCCCGCGGGCGCAGCCCUACCCAGCACGGAGGCGUCGGGGGUCACCAGCUCGCCGGCCCCCUCCCGGAUGACGUCCUUCAGCACGCCCCGGUCCCCCGAGAUGUCCAGCAUCCUGCGACUUAACCUCUGCUGCCCUUGGGGGCUGCAAUAGAGGCUUGGAGGGACGCAGCCUGGAGGGAAGCGACCGGAGUUCCAGCUUGCUCGGCAGCGGAUGGCGUGGGAGCUGCAGGCCGUGCUUCAGUGCCCCAUCUGCCUGGAGGUCUUCAAAGAGCCCCUGAUGCUGCAGUGCGGCCACUCCUUCUGCCAGGGCUGCUUGGUGAACCUGUCCUGCCACCUGGACUCGGAGCUGCGCUGCCCCGUGUGCCGGCAGGUGGUGGACGGCAGCAGCUCCCCGCCCAACUUCUCCCUGGUGCGGGUGAUCGAAGCCCUCCGGCGCUCCGGGGACCAGGAGCCCAAGGUCUGCGCGCACCACCGCAACCCGCUGAGCCUCUUCUGCGAGAAGGACCAGGAGCUCAUCUGCGGGCUCUGCGGUGUCCUGGGCUCCCACAAGUACCACCAGGUCACGCCCGCCUCCACCGUGUACAGCCGCAUGAAGGAGGAGCUGGCCGUCCUCAUCUCUGACCUCAAGCGGGAGCAGGCGAAGGUGGAUGAGCACAUCGCCAAAUUGGUCAACAACAGGACCCGGAUUGUUAAUGAGUCUGAUGUCUUCAGUUGGGUGAUCCGCCGAGAGUUCCAGGAGCUGCACCAUCUAGUGGAUGAAGAGAAGGCCCGCUGCGUGGAGGGGGUAGAGGGCCACACCCGCGGCCUGGUGGCCUCUCUGGACAUGCAGCUGGAACAGGCUCGGGGCACUCGGGAGCGGCUCGUGCAGGCUGAGUGUGUGCUGGAGCAGUUCAAUAACGAGAGUCACCACGAGUUCAUCCGGAAGUACCACUCCUUGGCCUCCAGAGCAGAGCUCCAGCAGGCGCGGCCCUUGGAGGGUGCGUUCAGCCCUAUCUCCUUCAAGCCAGGCCUCCAUCAGGCCGACAUCAAGCUGACCGUGUGGAAAAGACUGUUCCACAAGGUUCUGCCAGCCCCUGAGUCCCUCAAGCUGGACCCUGCCACUGCCCAUCCCCUCCUGGAGCUGUCCAAGGGCAACACGGUGGUGCAGUGUGGGCUCCUGGCACAGCGGUGUGCCAUCCAGCCCGAGCGCUUCGACUACAGUACCUGUGUCCUGGCCAGCCGGGGCUUCUCCUGCGGCCGCCACUACUGGGAAGUGGUGGUGGGCAGCAAGAGUGACUGGCGCCUGGGGGUCAUCAAGGGCACAGCCAGUCGCAAGGGCAAGCUGAGCAAGUCCCCAGAGCAUGGCGUGUGGCUUGUCGGCUUGAAGGAGGGCCGGGUGUAUGAAGCCUUUGGCUGCCCGCGGGUGCCCCUGCCUGUGUCUGGCCACCCCCACCGCAUCGGCAUCUACUUGCACUAUGAGCAGGGAGAGCUCACCUUCUUCGACGCCGACCGCCCUGAUGACCUGCGGCCACUCUACACAUUCCAGGCUGACUUCCAGGGCAAGCUCUACCCGAUCCUGGACACGUGCUGGCACGAAAGGGGCAGCAACUGCCUGCCUAUGGUGUUGCCCCCACCUGGCCGGCCCAGCCGCCUCGUCCCACCACAGUCCACCAAGCCAUAGGCUGAUCAUGUGCUGCCGCCCACAGCCCUGCCCUGCAGGACAAAGGAAGGCGAGGCAUCCACUGGCUCCAGUGCGCAGAGGCGGCGGCAUCUUCACUGGAAGGAGGCCCGUGUGUCCCUUGAAACAUUUAGUGAUAGGGAGAACAUUUCCAUAAUCUCUUCCCUGUCAGUAUGGGCUUGUUUGUUAGCCUUCUGCGGGAGUCAGUGGAGCCAGGCCUUGGUGUCCACAGGUCAAGCCAAGUCUCUCUUGAACCUAAAGAUUGGAAGAGAGACAAUGCUGGGGGCUGAGUUCACCGAGGACCUGGUGCUAUUGUGAGAGGCUCCCUGACUUUGUGCUACUGAGGUCUGCACAGCUACCUGAGUCUUUGGUAUGGGGCAGCUCUACCCUGGCACCUGGCAAGGAUCCACACUGGCCCUCAAGCAAGGCCUCAUCCACAGCCUGAGUGACCCUCCAGGAACGAGAGGAGAUGGGGCUGUGAGGGGCAACUUCCAGGCCAUCCUCCAUACAACCUCCGGAUGCUCCUUAGCAACAGGCUAUGCUGUGACUCACUGCAGUGGCAGGACUUGGUGUGUGCAACAAGGACGCUGUGAGCUGGCACCUUUGUUCGCCCUUUUGCCAUCGAUGCACGUAAUAAACUGUCUGAA